AUGAUUUCGCUCGACGUCAUAGUACUUUUCCUGUUCAUCGUGCUGGUAACUGUCGUCUACUUCCUCAAGCAUGAUUUGGGAACACCGCGCAGACUCCCUCCAGGACCGCGCAGACUCCCUCUAGUCGGCAAUAUCUUUCAAUUCGACCCUCUAAGGUCAUAUUUGAAGUUCCAUGAAUGGGCCUUGAAGUACGGAGAGGUUGUCUACCUGCGCCUCGGCUCGCAGGACGUGAUUGUCCUCAAUACAGCUCAGGCUGCAAACGAACUAUUGGCCAACCGCAGUGGAAAGUAUUCGAGCCGAGCGCCUCCGCAUGUUGCCUUUGAUUUGAUGAGUGAUGGUCAGCGUAUGGUGUUCUUGCCAUACGAUAAGGAAUGGAAGACAGUCAGAAGGAGUGUACAGGGCGUCCUAGGCAUCAACCAAGUCAAGCGAUAUCGGCGGUUACAGGAUUUGGAGUCGCGAAGUUUGAUUCAUGAUCUUCUCAUGCAUGGGAAUCAAAGCGUCGUGGAAGAUCACCGGCACGGACCGAACGACGAAGUUCCCGAGCGCCAUUGGUUUGCUAUCGUCAGACGAUAUACUACCAGCCUCGUUCUUCAGAUUUCAUACGGCCGACGUGUUCCGCGUCUAUACAACAAUCCGGACCUCCAUAAAAUCUAUGACGUCAUGGAUAAUUUCACUCGCGUCUCACAACCUGGAAGGUAUUUGGCCGAUGCCUUUCCGAUCCUCCGCGCUCUCCCUGACUUAGUCGCACCAUGGAGGGCAGAAGGUAGGAGGAUGCAUGCAUGGGAAAUGAAACUUUGGGGAGGAUACUUUGAAGAAAGCAGAGCUGCGGCACGGAAAGGCACCAUACGCCACGGCUUCAUCAAUGAUUACUUGCGAGCCCGGAGUGAUGCUGGACACGAGCAUGCGCCCGGAAAUGGGCUAACCGAUGAUGGAUGGAUGCGCGACAAAAUGAUCACGUACACUGGGGGCUCACUCCUCGAGGCUGGUUCAGACACAACCGCGGCCACGAUACAGACGUUCAUCCUGCUCAUGCUAAGCCACCCUCAUUGCCUUCGGUGUGCAUGCGAGGAGAUCGAUGAGGUGGUGGGCUCUGACCGCAUGCCCGAGUGGGAGGAUGAAGAGCAGUUGCCGUACCUCGUCGCGUGCAUCAAAGAGUCAAUCAGGCGUCGUCCAGUGAUCAUCACGGGUGUCCCUCAUAAAGCAGAGGAGGACGAUGUCUACCAAGGCUACCACAUUCCCAAAGGCGCAACCGUGAUAGGAAAUAUAUGGGCAAUUCACAUGGACCCGCAGCGCUGGCCAAACCCGACAGCGUUUGACCCCGAUAGAUUCUACAUGAAAGGCCAGCCUACCCAAUGGGCAGGAGGACCAGACUCGAAGAAUCGCGACCAUUUUGUCUUCGGCUGGGGCCGUAGAUUCUGUCAAGGCAGCCAUCUCGCCGAGGCUUCGCUGUUCAUCACGCUGUCUCGUCUGCUGUGGGGCAUCGACAUCUCCGCGCCGCUGGACCCAGAGACCAAGCAACCGCUCUUACCGGACAUUGCUGAUGACAACAACUGGACUGAGGGUUUCGUCACGGGACCGCGGAUGUUCAAGGUGAACUUCAUGCCUCGCUCCGAGAAGCACGCGCGAAUAACUCGCAAAUACUACGAGGAGGCGCAGUCGGAGUGGCAGAUGAUGGGGCUGCCCAUGGAUGAGCGCUGA